AUGGCCCAUAAAGGGUCUGAGCUGGAAUCAUCGUAUUCAGACCAUAAUGAUAAUGAUUUGUUUCCCAGUAUUAAUAGCUCGCCUAAGAAUAAUGAUUUGUUUCCCAGCAUCACCAAUUCACGUAAAAAUAAUGAUUUAUUUCCCAGCAUUAACAACUCGAACGUGAACCAUCGAACUGUUCAUUCAGAUGAAGAGAGCAUAGACAUAAGCGAGCACAGCUCAGUACGACAGUUUAGAAGUAUAUUUAAUAAACAAAAAAUUAGAUCCGGGGAGUCUGGGCUGGAGAGAAACCUAUUUGAACUGCACUUUGAUACUUCAUCUGAUAUCGAAUUGAGUACGCUAUCGCCAAAGAAGGAUAUUUCACUCGACUCUUCAAUUAUUGAUAAGAUACUGAUUUCCGAAGAACAGGCCAAGGAUGAUAGAUUCCAAUAUUUGAAAACGUAUGAAAUAUUAAAAAAGAAUCGGGCAAAGUUUGAGGAGGACGCAUCGGUAUUUGAUUUAUCCCUGAUGGAUGACUACAAUAAGUAUGUUAAGCAGACGGAGAUAAACGAUUUGAUACACCAGCAUGUUGUUGAGAAACAUAAAGAUAAUGUUUUGAGUGUUGUUAAAUCGAAAGAUUUAGUGGAGAAUUUUUAUCAUGAUAACAAAAGCGAUGAUUUGACAUGGGUAAAAUCCAAAAAGAAGCAAAGAAUACCGUGGUACCGUAUUGAUAAGAAAAAAUCCAAGAAACAGGCUUCCACGGAAUCAUUAUUUGAUGAGAAUGAUACUGUGCCACCUACUAAUAAGAAACUGACCAAUUAUCUUCAGCGGAAAUUGAAAAUCAGGCAUUUGCAGAUGAUUUCUUUUGGUGGGACUCUUGGGGUUGGAUUAUUAUUGAAUAGUGGGAAAGCAUUUGUUCUAGCUGGUGGCUUUGGAACAUUAUUAGCAUUUGUAAUCUGUGGUCUAAUUGUAUUAGCUACUAUGGUAUCGUUUUGCGAAAUGGUCACUUUUGUCUCAGUAAUAGAUGGAGUAUCUGGUCUUAGUUCUAGGUUUGUGGAUGAUUCCUUUGGAUUUGCUGUGGGCUGGCUAUAUUUUGCAAGUUUUGCAUUUGGCUUGGCGGGGGAGAUCCUUGCUAGUGUGUUGAUGUUGAGCUAUUAUCCCGAUUUGAAAAUAACUCAUCAUAAAGGAUCUAUAGCAGGGUUUGUGACAUUAUUUUUAAGUCUGAUAGUGAUAAGUAACUUGGUGGAUGUUAGGAUAUUUGGAGAAAUUGAAUAUAUUUCAAGUUUUAUUAAAAUUGUGUGUGUGUUGAUUAUGAUAAUUAUAAUGAUUGUACUAAAUACAGGUGGAUUUGGAUCCGAAAACCUUGGUUUUAAAUAUUGGCAAUACCUGAAAUCAGAUUUUGAUCAUAAUAUUAUAUUUGGCUUGUUCCGACCUUCUUUCAAUUUGAAAGACAAUGGAGCUACAAAUUCACGUAUUGGAAUUGGUGGGGAUAAAGGAAGAUUCUUAUCACUACUUACUGCAUUAUUAGUUACUGCUUAUGCAUAUAGCGGUACCGAAAUUGUUUGCAUUGCCGCAUGCGAAGCAAAAAACCCAAGAAAGGCGUUGCCUUCUGCUACAAGAAGAGUAUUUUGGAGAAUCCUUAUUAUUUAUUGCUUAUCAAUAUUUUUGGUUUCAUUAAAUAUUUAUGCCGGAGAUCCAAGAUUAUUGAGGUAUAUCCUGGGAAAUACAAGUAUUUCUGGAGAUGAACAUGAGAAUACCGAGUACGCCAUUGACUAUGUGGGUGGAUUUAAUUGCAAUUCUGACUCAACAGUUUUUGGUGGGUUCGGAAGUGGAUCUCAAAGUCCUUGGAUUGUUGCGUUACAAAGUGCAAAUCUUUGUAAAUUUAGCUCGGUCUCGAAUGCGCUUUUGACGUUUUUUGCUGUCACUUGUGGUAAUGCUCAACUAUAUGUUAGUUCGAGAACAGUCUAUUCUUUGGCUCUUCAAAAGAAAGCUCCGAGGGUUUUAACAUAUUGUAACAGUUAUGGAAUUCCGUAUAAUGCAGUGCUAUUUUCAGCAUCUUUUGGACUUUUUUCGUAUCUUUGUGUGUCAGAGAAAGCUACAAUUGUUUUUCAAGAUCUAACUAGUAUCAUAUCGUCCUCAGGUAUCAUUGCCUGGUUUGCAAUGUGCUUGUCCUAUAUUAGAUUUUAUUAUGGGUUAAAAUUUAGGCCUGAUAUUAUUAGUAGAGACGAUAAAGCAUAUCCUUAUAGGUCCCCAUUUCAACCAUAUAGUGCGAUAUUUGGCUUGAUAGGUUCCACUAUAAUACUACUAGCUAUGGGUUUUGUGGUAUUUUUAGAUGGCGAAUGGGACACCUUGUUCUUUUUCUCGAGCUAUGGUUCUCUAAUUGUAUUCGCUCUACUUUAUGUUGGUUACAGGCUUGUAACAGGUUCCAGGACUCCAAGUUUGGAAACCCUAGAUUAUGACUCGGGAAGACGUGAAAUGGAUAGGUAUGUUUGGGAUGCUGGUAGAGACUUCAAUCUUCGAAGCUUUAAAGAAGUGGUGCAAAGAGUUAUCUCAUUUUUGGCGUAG